AUGAACUCUUCCUGGGAGGGAAACAAUAGCAGCCGGCCAUUCUGUCUCUUGGGAUUCAGUUACAACGAAACUGUUAACAUUUGUCUCUUGGAAGUAAUCAUCAUUGUUUUUCUCACUCUGUUAAUAAUUUCAGGUAACCUUAUUGUUAUAUUGGUAUUUCAUUUUGCACCUCUUUUGAAUCAUCAUACUACAAGUUAUUUCAUUCAGACCAUGGCAUAUGCAGAUCUUUUUGUUGGAAUCAGUUGUUUGGUUCCUUCUUUGUCCCUUUUACGAUACCCAACCGGAUCCCCCGAAUCUUUAACGUGCAAAUUUUUUGGAUAUAUUGUGUCCGUGUUGAAAAGCGUCUCGAUGACCUCUCUGGCCUGCAUCAGUGUUGAUCGAUAUAUUGCUAUUACCAAGCCACUAUCUUAUAGUCAGCUGGUCACACCGUGGAGGCUGCGUGUUUGCAUUAUAAUAAUCUGGCUGUAUUCCUUCAUUGUAUUCCUUCCUGCUUUUUUUGGCUGGGGCAAGCCAGGCUAUCAUGGAGACAUUUUUGAAUGGUGCGCUAAUUCCUGGGAAACAAAUGUUUAUUUUGCAGGAUUUAUUGUGGCUUUACUAUAUGCUCCUGCUGCUUUUGUAGUCUGUUUUACUUAUUUCAACAUAUUCAGAAUAUGUCAACACCACACUAAGGAAAUCCGAGAAAGACGUGCUCGAUUUAAUACACAAGAAGAGACAUCAGAAAAUCCAGCUAGUUCUGAGAAACGUUAUGCUAUGGUUCUUUUUCGAAUCACCAGUGUAUUUUACAUCCUUUGGCUUCCAUACAUCAUUUAUUUCCUCCUGGAAAGCUCUCGUUUUUCUAAUAGUCCAGAGAUAUCAUUUCUGACAACCUGGCUUGCCAUUAGCAACAGCUUCUGUAACUGUGUUAUUUACAGCCUCUCAAACAGCGUCUUUCGGAAGGGCCUGAAACGUGUCUCAGGUGCUGUUUGUGCUUCGUGUAUCUGGUAUGUGGAAAGCAAAAAUCCUUCAAUGCCUGGGAGUAAAAGGUCUUCCAAUGGCUGCAAUACUUAA